AUGGUAUCGAGCGUAUUACCUCCGCCGCUCACUGAAAUGGCUCGUAGUGGUCAACAUAACAAUGAUAAUAGAUUUCAGCCCCUCACAUCCCCUACCUCUGGUAGCACGGCAACACAAUCAGAUCAAUCUCUCAUGGAGAACACUAAUAACCCAUUUUUCUUACAUAGUGGUGAUCAUCCAGGCUUGGUGCUCGUCUUGCAUCUCCUCAUUGGUUCAAACUAUAAUACAUGGAUUCGUGCCAUGCUGAUGGCUCUCAACGCAAAGAAUAAGCUCGGAUUCGUGGAUGACACUCUUUUGCAGCCCAUGAUCGACGACCCUACAAUUGGAAUCUGGUCUCGAUGCAACAGCAUGGUCACAUCUUGGCUCCUCAACGCUGUCUCAAAAGAGAUAGCUGAUAGUCUUCUCUAUCUCGAGAGUGCCCAUGCUGUGUGGGUAGAUCUACACGAACGCUUCCAUCAGAGCAAUGCUCCACGAAUUUUCCAAAUCAAGCAACAACUACAUGAUCUCUCACAAGGUUCGCUCGAUGUUAAUACCUAUUAUACUCGAUUGAAGAUUCUCUGGGAUGAACUAAAAAACUAUCAACCAGUUCUCGUCUGCCACUGUGGAGGUAUGAAAGCUUGGAUGGAUUAUCAACAGUAG